AGGCACCUACCAAUUAGUAUGCAUUUAAUGGCAUACUGAAAGUAUUGCUUAAAAACAUAUUCAGUUAAAAUGUAUAUCCAUUGUCAUUUACAAGUAAUUCUAGUUACUUUUUUUAUCACAUACAGUGCAUCUUUUUCGCAUGUUACCCAUAAAAUAGGAGCCUUAUUUUCUCAACCAAAUUAUUACUCCGAUAAAUCAUUUUAUUAUGCAAUUAAACGUGAAAAUAUGUACAAUCCUGAAAUAAGUUUCGAAGAUAUUUAUUCUGAGGGAUCAAAUGACAUGUUGUACGUCAGGGAAGGGGUUUGUAAAUUACUCGAGGAAGGAGUCGUGGCUAUAUUUGGUCCUAGUACCGUGGAAGGUACUUCAAUUGCCCAAUCUAUUUGCGAGAACUACGAAGUGCCACAUAUACAAGUAAACUGGAAAGCAAUAUCCAGACGAUAUUCCCAAUUUUAUUUAAAUUUGUAUCCCGAUACUGAUCUGUUAGCAAAAGCUCUUGGUACCGUUGUUAAAUAUAUGCACUGGACAAAAUAUGUAAUAAUCAUCGAAGAUGAGAAUGCCCUAAUAAGAUUGAAAGACGUAUUGGAGGUUCCAAACGUUAAUGACAAUCCAGUCACAGUUAGAAAAAUUGAACCAAAUAGUGAUGUGAGAUAUUUGUUUAAACAAUUCAUGAAGUCUGGAAUAACAAAAAUUAUUUUGGACUGUGAAACAGAUAAUAUAUUAAAUUAUUUACAACAAGCUAAGUCAGUUGGGUUAUUACGAGACAUUUUGCAUGGUGUAUUCUUAACUUCUUUGGAUGCUCAUACUUUAGACUUUUCUGCUUUCAAUACCACGGCAAACAUAACGACGGUAAGAAUAAUUGAUACAGAAAGCGCGGCUUUAAAAAAUGCGAUUACUGACUGGAAUUUUGAUCAUGAAUCUGAAAGAAGUUUUGAGCUUGUAACAUCUGAUACUGUUAGGACGGAAGCUGCUUUAGUACACGAUGCAACGCUACUUUUACUGAAAUCUGUUAGAGAGCUUACUGUAACUGGAAAAAUAACAGCCACAUCUAUCAAAUGUGAUGACUCAAUAGUAUGGGAAGAUGGUCUUAGAUUAGUUUCGUACAUGAAAAAGAGAGGAUUGACUGAUGCACUAACAGGGCCACUAACAUUCAACGAAUAUGGUCAAAGAACUAAUUUUUCUGUUGAUGUCGUCGAAAUAAUAGGAAAUAAUAAAAUUAAAACAGCUAUUUGGCAUUCAGAAGACCCGAAAGUGUUAAAGUUCGUUCAGUCACCAGAAGAUCAAGAAAAGAAUAUAUUUUCGCAUUUUCAAGAUAAAACUUUAAUUGUUUCCUCAAGAAUAGGAAAACCUUAUUUGCUUAAUAGAACUGACGAACUAGGAAAUGUAGUGUUGGAAGGAUUUUGCUACGAUUUAAUGUGGGCCAUUGCGAAUUAUUUGAAUUUUUCAAUAAAAUUUGAGUUAACCGAAGAUAAUAAAUACGGAAAUUAUGAUCCAGCCACUAAAUCUUGGAAUGGUAUAAUAGGAGACAUUCUUGAACAUAAAGCUCAUUUGGGUAUUUGUGAUUUGACAAUUACAACGGGUAGAAGACAAGCUGUUGAUUUUAGUUUACCAUUUAUGAAUUUAGGUAUAAGUAUUUUAUAUAAGAAAAAUCCACAAGAGGAAAGCAAAAUCUUUGCCUUCAUGGAACCUUUUUCGCUAGAAGUCUGGCUUUAUACAGCUACAUUCUAUUUGUGUGUUACUAUUAUUCUGUUUUUGGUGCUAAGGCUUUCACCCGAAGAAUGGGAAAAUCCUCACCUAUGCGAUGAAAAUCCGGAAGAGUUGGAAAAUAUUUGGGAGAUGAAAAACUGUAUGUGGCUCACAAUGGGCUUUAUUAUGGCCCAAGGAUGUGAUUUACUCCCCAAAGGUAUUUCAACAAGGAUGGCUUUGUCGAUGUGGGGUUUUUUCUCUCUGAUUGUGACCAGUUCUUAUACAGCGAAUCUAGCCGCCUUUUUGACAAAACAACAGCAAGGGCCCAACAUUGAAGACGUAGAAUCUCUUGCUAAAUCAAAAGUUAAAUACGGGGUGGUUGAUGGAGGUUCAACGCAAGUGUUUUUUCGUACAUCAAAUUUUUCACUGUAUAAAAGAAUGUGGACGCAAAUGCAACAAUUUAAACCUAGCGUUUUCGAGAAAGACAAUGCCGAUGGAGUUAAGAGAGUACUUAACUCAAAAGAAGGAAUGUACGCCUUUUUCAUGGAAAAUACUGGAAUUGAAUAUGAAGUUGAAAGAAACUGUUCAUUGAGAGCGGUAGGCGACACAUUAGAUAAUAAAGGAUAUGGAAUAGCUAUGCCUCUAGGAGCUCCUUAUCGAUAUUUAAUCAAUAGGGCCAUUUUAAAGUUGCAAGAAGACGGUGUCCUAGACAAGCUUAAAAAGAAAUGGUGGAAAGAAAAAUAUGGGGGAGGUGCUUGUGAUGACGAACCUCCAGAAGACGAUGCUGGAUCACAAAAGCUAGGUCUAAAAAAUGUUGGUGGUGUAUUUCUUGUUCUCGGGCUAGGGAUGGUUAUGGGCAUUAUAAUAUCAAUAGCAGAGUUCUUAUGGAACAUAAGAACUAUAUCAGUUGAAGAACAUAUAACAUUUCAAGAAGCAUUUAAAGCAGAAGCGAAAUUUGCGGCUAAUAUUUGGAUUGACAAAAAAUCUACGAAACCAAACUCCUCUGAAUCUACAUCAUCGUCCACUUCAGCUGGUUGCGAAUCCGAUACCCAUAGCAUGUCUAAGAAGAUACUUAAUGGAACUGCAUCCCUUAUAGACCUAGAUAAAGCUGAUAGUGACUCAAAAUAACGAUAAAAAUUAACUAAAAUACUUUUGAUCCUUUAUUGCAAAGUAAAAAUAAAAUGUAGUGUAUUA